AUGCUUCGCAGCGCAACAUCAGCACUGCUGAGGACCAGCACUGAGCUCUCCACCCUCUGUCCGGUGUCCACGGUCCGGUUUGUUCGGCUUCGUUCCCCGGCCCGACACAGACCGUUUUCAACGUCGGUCUGCUUGUGUAAGAAACAGAAGAAGAGCCUGAGGCUGCAGCUGGCGGAAGGACAAACCAUGGACGGCAACAUUGAAGAGAUCCUCGCCCCUUUGAGGCUUGCCGUCAAAGAACAGGGGGACCUGGUGCGUCAGCUGAAACAGGAUGGAGCUCCUGAUGUGGAUGUCACGAAAGCUGUGGCUGAGCUGAAGGCGAGGAAGAGAACUCUGGAGUCCAAGGAGCUGUCCUUACAACCCAAAGAUGACAUCGUCGACAGAACCAAGAUGGAGGAUACCCUCAAGAGGCGAUUCUUUUACGACCAGGCCUUCGCCAUCUAUGGAGGUGUGAGCGGCCUGUACGACUUCGGCCCUGUGGGCUGUGCUCUGAAGAACAACAUCCUGCAGACGUGGAGGCAGCACUUCAUCCAGGAGGAGCAGAUCCUUGAGAUCGACUGCACCAUGCUGACCCCGGAGCCUGUCCUCAAGACAUCAGGGCACGUGGACAAGUUCGCUGACUACAUGGUGAAAGAUGUCAAGAAUGGCGAAUGCUUCAGGGCGGACCAUCUCCUCAAAGCUCAUCUCCAGAAGAUGAUGUCCGAUAAGAAAUGUGCAGCAGAGAAGAAGGCAGAGAUGGAGGAGGUCGUCACUCAGAUGGACAACUACACCCAGCAGGAGCUGACCGAUCUGUUUGUGAAAUACAACGUCAAGUCUCCCAUCACAGGAAAUGACCUCACAGCUCCCAUCUUAUUCAACCUCAUGUUCCAGACGUCCAUCGGACCAGGAGGAAACAUGACAGGCUAUCUGAGGCCUGAAACCGCUCAGGGAAUCUUCCUCAACUUCAAACGUUUAUUGGAGUUCAAUCAGGGAAAACUUCCCUUCGCUGCUGCUCAAAUAGGAAACUCCUUCAGGAACGAGAUCUCUCCUCGCUCUGGACUCAUCCGUGUCAGAGAGUUCACCAUGGCUGAGAUCGAGCACUUUGUGGAUCCGAAUGAGAAGGUUCACCCCAAAUUCUCCAACGUAGCAGACCUCAACAUCAUAUUGUACUCAUCAAAGGCUCAGACCAGCGGUCAGUCUGCUCAGGUUAUGAGGCUGGGAGACGCUGUGGAGCAGGGAGUGAUCAACAACUCCGUCCUGGGAUAUUUCGUCGGGAGGAUCUACCUCUACCUUACUAAAGUUGGUGUCGCCAAAGACAAGCUGCGUUUCCGACAGCACAUGGACAAUGAGAUGGCUCACUACGCCUGUGACUGCUGGGACGCUGAAACCAAAACCUCUUAUGGCUGGAUUGAGAUCGUGGGCUGUGCUGACCGAUCCUGCUUCGAUCUGAAAUGUCACGCACGAGCGACAAAGGUCCCUCUGGUGGCUGAGAAGCCUCUUAAAGAACCCAAAGUUGUAAGCGUCGUCCAAUUUGAGCCCAACAAAGGAGCCAUCGGCAAGGCGUACAAGAAGGAUGCAAAGAUAGCCAUGGAGUAUCUGUCUGUGUGUGACGAAUGCUUCAUCACAGAGCAGGAGCAGCUGCUCAAUGAGACCGGAGAGUUCACCAUUGAGACAGAAGGCAAAACGUUCAAGCUCACAAAGGACAUGGUGGCAGUGAAGCGAUUCCAGAAAACUCUCCAUGUGGAGGAAGUUGUUCCAAAUGUAAUUGAGCCGUCGUUUGGCAUCGGUAGGAUCAUGUACUCCAUCUUUGAGCACACGUUCCAGGUCAGAGAGGGUGAUGAACAAAGAACGUAUUUCAGCUUCCCUGCGACUGUAGCUCCCUACAAAUGCUCCGUCCUGCCUUUGAGUCAAAACCAGGAAUUUGUGCCUUUCGUGAAGGAAUUAUCUGAGGCGAUGACCAGAAAUGGUGUGUCUCACAAAGUGGACGACUCUUCAGGAUCAAUUGGUCGGCGCUACGCCAGGACGGACGAGAUCGGAGUGGCCUUUGGAAUCACCAUCGACUUCGACACAGUGAACAAAACGCCUCACACAGCCACGCUGAGAGACCGCGACUCCAUGAGGCAGAUCAGGGCUGAGGUCAGCGAGCUGCCUGAGAUCAUCCGGGACUUGGCCAACGGCACAUUGAGCUGGGCAGAGGUGGAGAGCAAGUACCCCAUCUUUGAAGGACAGGAGACCAGCAAGAAGGACACAGUUGAAGAGUGAAACUCACUUCAUGAAAAACCCACAGACUUGUUACGUAUGCAUCACCAGGAAGAAAAUUGAAACUGUAUUGUGAUAAGCUACAGUGGUGCACCCAGCCCUUUGUGUUCUGCACCGCUGCCAUCACUAAAAUGUCAUGUGUUCAUCAUAUCUAACAGCUGUGGAAAGCUUGCACAGGACUGCUGUUUCUUUGAAGAGCAACUUUUCAUCCAUCAUGACCAUAUGGAAAUGUUUUAAAAGGGAGAAAUGUAAUCAGGUUGUUGUCGUCAGUGGAACGUGGCCUUGGCCAUUCCUGUUUUCAGUCAGAUUGGAUUAAAAUGUUAAACAGUUUCAAUAAAAACAACCAGCACUUACUGGACACGGGCA